GCGGGUAAUUGUGUGAGGGUGGGGGAAAGUUUUGAAAGUUCGAUGCUGCUGACCUGGCCAUUUUGAGACUUCUCCCCGUCUGUUUCUUCAGCAGCUACAACUAUACUUGUUGCAACUAUAGUUGUAGUUAUUUGAGUGUAUAUCUCGCCAUCUUUCAGUUAUUCUUUGGGAGAUCUAGAAAUAUGAGCAGCAAGAAACUAAGACGAGUGGGUUUCUCACAAGAGCUGUGUGACCGUUUGAGCAGACAUCAGAUUGUUAAUUGUCAGGACUUUUUAGAUCUCUCCCCACUGGAACUUAUGAAAGUGACUGGCCUGAGUUAUGGAGGUGUCCAUGAGCUUUUGUAUAUGGUCAGCAGGGCCUGUGCUCCCCAGAUGCAAACAGCUUAUGAGAUAAAGAUGCGGAGGUCUGCUGGUCCCUCCCCAGCGUUCCUAUCUACUACCCUUUCUGCUUUGGAUGAAGCCCUGCAUGGUGGUGUGGCUUGUGGAUCUCUCACAGAGAUUACAGGUCCACCAGGCUGUGGAAAAACUCAGUUUUGUAUGAUGAUGAGUGUUUUAGCUACACUGCCCACCAACAUGGGAGGAUUAGAAGGGGCUGUGGUGUACAUUGACACAGAGUCUGCAUUUACUGCUGAAAGACUGCUCGAGAUCGCAGAAGCCCGUUUUCCACUCUAUUUUAACACUGAAGAAAAAUUGCUUCAGAUGAGCAGUAAAGUUCAUCUUCACCGGGAACUCACCUGUGAGGGAGUUCUACAAAGGCUUGAAUCUUUGGAGGAAGAGAUUAUUUCCAAAGGAGUUAAGCUUGUGAUCGUUGACUCCGUUGCAUCCGUGGUCAGAAAGGAGUUUGAUCCGCAGCUUCAAGGCAACAUCAAGGAAAGGAACAAGUUCUUGGCCAAAGAAGCAUCUUUACUGAAGUACCUGGCUGAGACAUUUUCACUCCCAGUUAUCUUGACGAAUCAAAUUACGACCCAUCUGAGUGGAGCCCUCCCUUCUCAGGCAGACCUGGUGUCUCCGGCUGAUGAUUUGUCCCUGUCUGAAGGCACUUCUGGAUCCGGCUGUGUGGUAGCCGCACUAGGAAACACGUGGAGUCACUGUGUGAACACCCGGCUGAUUCUCCAGUACCUUGACUCAGAGAGAAGGCAGAUUCUUAUUGCCAAGUCCCCUCUGGCUUCCUUCACCUCCUUCAUCUACACCAUCAAGGGGGAAGGCCUGGUUCUCCAAGGCCAAGAAAGGCCGUAAGGAUACUGUGACCUUUGUCUAGAGCUGAUGGGGGUGUGAUUUGUGAAAUGAAACAAGACCAAGACGGGUGCUGCCUGCAAAAAGGAAACGGAAGCCAACAUAAUGAGGAUUAAUUGGUUGAUUGCCAUUGAGAUGGCAACUGUGAUUUCAGACCCGGAAGGGAAGGUGAAGAUGAAGAAGGCUUUGUCCGGUCUCUAGAUGUGGGGGGCUAGGGGCUGUACCACGGUGGGGUAUCAGCAGCCAUAAUAAUAAUUUGCACUUACAUAACACCUUUCACCCAUGCACCUCAAAGCGGUUUAACCACAUUAAUUAAUUAAACCCCACAAUCCCCCUGGGGAGAGGAGGAGGAGGACUAACAAGAUUUGUAAUUACAGAAGGGAACAUUUCCGAAUAAAGUAUUGUCCAGCAAAUAAAAAGAA